UUGACGCUUUAAGCUUGUCUGUUACAAUGAAGUUAAAACAUCAACACAGUGGCUUUGAGAACUGAAUCAUCGUCAUAUGAUUGGGAAAUUCCAGACUGACGUUCGAUCAAAUUUGCCAAAAGACUUCAAAAUUACACAGGGUGCGGGAAGAUGUCUAGUGUGAGGUGUACCCUUCCCAUGCAGGCAGGCAUUUGUGAUAGUGGAGAGAAGGAGGAAGAUAAACAAAAGGGUCAUAAAGUGUGGACUUCUGAUGAUUCAGGUCAAAUGGAUAGUGGGUUAGAGACAGAUGUAGUAUGCUCCAUCUCCCCCAAGGAUGUAGAACCAGAUGCUGCACCCUUAAGCCCAACGUCUGCUUUUGCUCCAACCAUUCCCAGCCAACUUCCUGCAAAAUUCACUCAGUCUUUGUUAUCAACCAAAGAGAGCCCCAGUGAUGACAAAGAAGAUGACACAAGUGGAAUCCAACCUAGUGAUGAUGUCAACAGCUUAGAUUCUGGUAUACACUCAUUAAGUGUUUCUGACAUUGAUGAGAAAGACUUGCCUCUGAAAUUUCGUAUUCCACAGUAUGAUGCCUUGCUGCUCUAUGAUGAACGAGAUAAGACUGAUGCUUUGGAGUUGAGGGACAUAUUGGAGACAGAUGACAAGUUACUUCUGAAAGAUAAAAGCCACAUAAAAAUUUGUACCACAGACGAUGAGGUUUUCUGUGAAAUCCAGUCUGACCUCCAGCAAAUUGAUACUGCAGUGGAAUGUAGCACUUUCAUACUGAUGUACAUGUCAGAACAUUUUGUUGGUGACAAAUGGUUAGAUUUACAAAGAGAUGAGAUAAUAAUGACUUGUAUUUCUGAAGAAGAGAAAAAAUGGUGUGUCAUUCCAUUGUGGACAGUCCCUAAGAGAAAAGCACCUUUCAAGAUUCCAUUUGGUUUGCGUUCAUUGAGGGGGAUUGACAUAGGAUCAAUAGACCAGUAUUUCUACAGGAGUGUGAAAAAUGUAUUUGAUGCUAAACUGUCUCAAAAGGAAAAACGCAGAAAGGCACUUGAAGAUGAGAAGCAGAUUGUAAUUGAGAAGCUAAAGCAAAAAAAGCAACUGGCACAGAAACGUCUUGAAUUUGAAAGGGAAGAAGAACAGAAGCAACUUGAAAGCGAGGAAAAGUUAUUCUAUGCAAAACAAGAAAAAGAAGCUCUAGAAGCUGAUCAUCACAGAAACUUUGAAAUUUGGAAUCAGCAACUUCAAAUGUCAAAACAAAUACAAAACCAUUUACUACAGGAAGAAAUGUUAAAGCAAGAUAAAGAAAGAAUACAAAAGUGGCACCAAAUCAGUAUGGAGAAAAUUCAGCGUGGUGAAAUAACAAUGAAAAAUCCUUCACUACAGCCUAUUCCACCAGAAAUGAUGGUCUAUCAAAUGCAGGGGCAGCCAUUUCUUCGGCAAUACCCAGUGAAUCAAGGUCAUACUGGAUCACACAACAUGAAUUUAUAUGGACAUCCUCCUGUGCCACAGUACAGUUGUCACUAUCCAGCACCACCUGGUCAUCCUUACUUUGGGGUUCCAGAACCAUUCCCGUAUCAUGGAUCACAUGGGCAGCCUUAUAUGGGACAGUCACAGCCAGUAUUGAAUCCUGGAUUGCAAGGGUAUGGAAUGCCUUCUCAACAGCCAGGGUACUCGCAAUACUCAGGCAGACCCCAGAUGCUGGAGUCCCAAUUAAGCACAGUGAGCAUGUGUCCACCACCUCGGUCAAAUCAGCAACAGUGUGAAAGGCAAGAAAUACAAAAUUCUUCACCAGCAGCCCAGUCAUCAAAUGUUGGAACCCCUGUGUCAAAUACUAAAACCCCAGAUAACCAGACAGGUGGAGGUGGAGUGCAGAUGGGUCAUGGUGAUGAUCACCCAGUGGUCACUGCAUCACAUCAAACCAGUGUGUCCCAGCACAAUAACAUGGCUGCUGCCACUUCACAGGGUGAUAUCAUGGGUACAGAGAGACAUGAUGGUUCAGAUGUGGUGGCUGACUGUUCUCUUACACCUGUCACUUCAACAGGUGUCCUCUCAACAACUGCGACUGCUGGCUCCUUGACAUCAGUGGUGCCACCCCCCUUAUCUAUCACAAGAACCAACAGGGAGCCCACAGAGCAGGAAGAUGACAGCAUGGUAGAAUCCAGUGAGACAGGGAAUGGUGGAGAUGAGAAGCUUGAAGAUUCCACUAAAUUGCUUAUGGGACAAAUAUCCUCACCUCCCAAAGAAUACUGCCCACUGGCAAGAGACAGAAGACAAGGAGAAAGUGCCCAGUUUGUCAAAAGCAAGAAGAAAAUGGGGCUGGAUGAUGGAGAAAGAGAAAUAUGUGGUUUUGUGACAGGUGGCCCACAGACUGAAGUCAUGGGUGGAGAGUCAGCAAAUGCGGGCCAUCGUGGAGCCUCUCCAGUAGCUAGAAUGAAAAAAAGAGACCCUGGAGCUGAUCAUGAAGCCACUGGAAGUCACAGAAAAGGAGAAAAUUCUUCUUCAUAUGAAGAAUCUGAUGGCAAAUCAGGGCCACACUCCCACAGGAGUUCAAGAGUUGUGAAAGAGGUUCAUCACCACUAUUAUGGUGCACGACCUGAGACCACUUCUAAAGGUUCUGAGAGGCCUCCAGUAGCCCCUGCCCCUACACCAGCAGCAAUUCCCCCACAGCCCCCAACACAGAUUAUCAACAUUUAUAACUCUAGUGGGAUCCAGAUUGGGAAUCAUAACACUGCGGUGGUGGGACAAAGUCAAGAUGUCGUCACUGAUGGCCCAGAGUCACCACAGGAUGGCCAGUCAUCACCAAUACGACCACCAGAGGGCCCAGCUUCACCAGACAGUGUCAAUGAAUGGGACACCACUUUAGACAGAACUUCUGUACAGAAACCUAGCAGUAGCACUCCCUGCAAUAGUACAGUCCCUGGUCAAGUACGCACAACCAGCAGAGGUCCUAAUUUACCACCUUUACUUCCAGCUAAUGGCCUAUUAACAGAUAGAAACAACCAAGCACAGACACGUGAUCAAGACCGUAUAUUCCCUGGUCAGGAUAAUGUCAUAGCAUACCAUGACCAAGAAACUGGCAAGGCAAAAACGCCACACAGCAGUUUACUUUUUCAAGACAAUGAAGAAUCUACAUCAACCCAUGUCAGCCUCUCAGAUUCUGUCGUCCCCAGCAUACUACCAGUGGCGACUAAGACACCAGUAGCAACUGCAAAGCCAACCGUUAGAAUAAAACCUGUUGCUGCAGUCAGUCCUAUUAGACCACAGGNUAAAAAUAGUAGAUAUCACUCUUGA